GACGGUGUGCGAGUCCCGGGGCAGGGACAGUGUGCGAGUGGGACAGUGUGCGAGUCCCGGGGCAGGGACAGUGUGCGAGCCCCGCUCCUCGGCCGGCCCCGUCCCAGCGCUCGGAGCACCCGAGCGAGGGAGCGCUACUGCUGCUGCCGGGCUCCGGGGCACUAAAACACGGGGGGUUUUGUAAAGGACGGCGUUUAACACGGGGCCUGGAGCCUGGCCAGCGCCUCGCCUCCGUGCCUCGCAGGGACUCCCCCGCGCCGGGGCGGAGCGGCUGAGUCACCCGCGGAGCGGGGCUGCCCUCCCGAGCCGGGCUGCGGAGCCCCACGUGCCGGGGAUUUAAAGAGUUGGGGCAGCGAGCGAGGGCAUGCCCAGCAGAGCGGCUGGCAGAGCGGAGCUCGGCGGACAUGGGACACCCGUGCCACCAGCAGCGCCCCGCGGGCACCCCCGAGCGCGGCCCGAGGAGGGCAGGGCACGGCGCGGGGCUGCCCGGGGCCCCGCUGCUCCUCCUCUUCGUCCUCAUCGCCUCCUCCAUUUCUGCUUGCAAAGGUGCACCAAUGCCAUCCCAAGCACUCGAAUCAGAUGAGGAUCUGCAGCUGUUGAAAGAGAUAGAUGAUGCAUGUUCUGCUUACCUCUCCACAGAUUCGCAGCCUCAGGUAUCCAAUACACUGGAAGAACUCUGUUUUUUGAUCAUGGGCUUUCUCCAGAAACCACAGGAUUUAGAUGAGAAAGACAACACGAAAAGGUUCUUAUUUCAUUAUUCUAAGACUCAUGACUCGGGCAACUCAGACAUCAUGUCAUCUGUCCUGCAUCCUUUACUGCAACUCGUUCCUCAGCUUAAUGAGAGAAGACUGAAGAGAUACAAACUGGACGAAGAACUUCAAGGACCUGGAGUGAUUCAAAGCAGGGGCUACUUUUUCUACAGGCCACGUAAUGGAAGGAGAUCAGUGGGUUUUCGCUAAGGAGGAUUAUAGAUUCCUGACUUAGAACUAAAACUGCAGGAAUGCUGAGUACAUGGACAUACUGUUUUCCUUACAAUAAUUAUUCAUUAUUAAUGUACAAUUAGAAAUCACUCAAAUGUAAAUAUUCUUAACCCAGAAUCUGUUAAGAAGGUCUUUACUAUCUUGAUUAUAUUAAAAGCAUAUUAAAAGUAUUUGUUUCCUAGUGUUAUGAUGUUCACAACCUCAUGUAAUUCAACUGUAAAGAGUCACUGUUUGCACACAACAGACAUUGCCUCUAACAACCCUGUUAAGCAAAUUUUCCCUUCUAAAUAAAGACCCUCAGCCAGACAGUUGUUUUAAUGAGAAUGUUUGCAAUCAAGACUCCUGUGUUUUUUCCAGAAUAUGUUGUGAUUUGUGUGUUUCACCAUCUCAAAA